AUGUCACGUGUUUUUACCGUGCAGUUCCGGCACACGGACUCGCAGCGCACGCAGGAGAGCGCGCGCCAGUUCGCGAGGGGGCUCUUCACGGACGCUGACGUCGUCAACAUCCCGCCGGCCGGGAAGAAGGACCUGCUGCUGCAGUGGAUACCAAGCAGCGCCUGUCCUUGUUCUCAGCCCUACACGGAGUGCAAGUUGUGGCUGGAGGGGGACAAGUCGGAUCCCCCCGAAUGGCGCAAGCUGGUGGACGGCAGCCUCAUGCAGAGCCUCAUCGCCAACGUGAGCAGCCGACUCGGCUUCCGCAGCGACCUCAAGUUCGGACUUCUUUUAGCCUCUUGCUACUACACUAGUACUGAGGUUCCACGAAUACGUGUGCACAACAUCAAAUUUGAUCUUUUGAAGACAUUUUAA